CGCAUGCACUAGAACUACCGGAGCUCGCGUGAGCACAUACAUUCGAGUUCAGGAAGUGGCGCGUGAAGCAGCCUAAAUUCCUCGCGCAGGAGCGGGGGCUCGCGGCGGCUCGUGGAAGCCAUGGAUCACAUAGGGAUACUGGGGGCGCACCUGCAGCAGCACGCGCAAGUGGAGUCCAUCAGUUUUGGCAUCGAUCAGAUCCUCAGCAACGUGGAGCAAAGCUGCAUGUUGGGCACGAGGAUGCACGAGCCGGACUACGGACACCUGGCCUACAACAGCGGCGCGAGCGGCGGCGUGAACGGAGGUUUCACGUGCAACAGCAGCGGAUAUAACGGCAGCGCGUGCGGGAUGUCUUCCCUCGGCGGUGCUUAUCAAAUGAGUAUGGGCGUGAAUAUGAACGGUGCUAACGUCAACUCCGCCGGGGUCAUCCGUGUCCCCGCUCACCGGCCUCUGAGCGCCGGGAACUCUUCCAUGCCUGCGAUGAGCGGGACCAUCAACAACCUGUCAGCGCUCACGUUCCCAUGGAUGGAGAGCAAUCGACGCUACACUAAAGACAGAUUCACAGUGUCCCUCUCACCCCUCACUGUAACACGUCGUGUAGGUCACCCUUAUCAGAACCGGACACCGCCGAAGAAGAAAAAGCCCCGGACGUCCUUCACCCGCUUGCAGAUCUGUGAGCUGGAGAAACGCUUUCACCGGCAGAAGUACCUGGCGUCGGCUGAACGUGCUGCGCUGGCCAAAGCACUGAAGAUGACCGACGCACAAGUCAAAACCUGGUUCCAAAACAGACGCACCAAGUGGAGGCGGCAAACGGCAGAAGAGCGGGAGGCUGAGCGGCAGCAGGCCAAUCGGAUCCUCAUGCAGCUGCAGCAGGAGGCCUUCCAGAAGACGAUCAACCAACCCGUGACCCCAGACCCGCUGUGCCUACAGAACAGCUCUCUAUUUGCCCUGCAGAGCCUGCAGCCAUGGAACGAGAAUACCGCAAAGAUAAGCAGCGUAACUGCCUGCGAGUAGAAUCAGCACAAACCAUCCAGCAGGGUGUCCGAGAGACUGCUUAAUAGCAGAGAAGCUGGCUAAAGCUUACAUGCAAGGUCAUGUCCCUGUUCUUGUUGUCACCCAUCUACUGUCAGACAGACAUUGAAGCGCCAUCAGACAGAGUCCCCCAGCACUACUCGCUCUUAAUGGGGAUCACAGUCUGAGGUGGAUCCUUCAGUGGUCUGGAGUGAAUCCAGCUCUGCAGACACCAAGGUUUAAUCUUCGGGAAUAAUUUGGAGGAGUACUGAUGGACAGUGUUACAGAGUGGCAUCGAAGAGUUGUUGUAGCUACUGUAAUUUCCUAAAAGAGACUAAAUGAUUAAUGGCUAAAUAACGUAUUUUCAUAUGGGGUCUCUUACAAAAAGAAUAUGCUUCUGCAAUCAGUGUCUAUCCAGCCCCUCACAGCAGUUUGUGAUGUAACUGCCACUUUUCAUCUGUUGACUUGUGUUGCUGGACACAAGUUUUCACCUUUUUGUGUUCCAUAUUAUCCUACACUAUGUCAUGCACAUGAAAUGAAUUUUGGCUUACUGCAGCAUAAAAGAGCACUUAUUUUAUCACCUGAGAUGAAUAACAGCGAGAGUGAGAAGAGUAAACCUGUGUGUUUCACCCCGUCUUACUGCAGCUCGGCUAUAUAUGGUCCAAAAUCAUCCGAUUAAUGGGGGAACAAAUACCAUGGCACUUUACAAGUACGUUUAACAAAAAACAUACUUUUCACCACAGUUUAGCUCAUAUUACAUUUUCUUUUCUCUUAUUUCUGUAAAAGGCUUUUACAGACUGUAUUUUCACCACUGUAAAGCAAAGGAUCUUAGACCUGACACCAAA